UGACGACCACUUACAUAUCGGUACAGUGACAUCGACUAGUACUGCGGGGCUCCAGCGUUCCUUGUCAUGAGCACUCCAAUGUCUCCUCCAGCCUCUCCCUCGACUUCAAAACAUCGGCCACGUCGACCAACUCGUCAGAUACCUUCCAUCCCAAAUCAAAUUGAUGAUCCGCAGGAUUCUGUUCCUUCCGAGGAGCACUAUCUCGCUCUGACACCUCUUCGUGCUCACUACCUGAAGAAGUCACUAAUACAACUUCAGUUCCACAAAGAAUUAGAUGCUAUAACGAAUGCACCUGCUGAUGGCGUCUCCACCCUUGCAUACCUUGGGCCCCCAUUUACACCGCCCCCAACGAGUUCUAAACCUCUUGAUUUACCCUUCUUGAAGUAUAUCUUCCGCCAAUUUGUUUUAACAUUUCCCCUCCUCGCAGCUGCAGAUAAAAGUUUCUAUCCAAAUAAACUACAAGUCUUUGUUGCAUCCGCUCUUGCGAAGAACAUAUCUCCCACCUCAUUACUUGAGGAUGAAAACGACCCCAAGGCUGCUCGCCUCAAAUUACUUGCCAAAUUAGAGCGGAACUUUGCCCUCUUUUUCAGCGCAGGUACAAAGCUAGUGGAACAAGAGGAGGUCGUCCGGCUUAACCAACAUGACCUCGAUCGGCUCGAGCAGCUCGCUAAGAAGCGGCAGGCACGGUUAGCCAAACAUCGCGACGUAUUCGAAGUAAAUAUUGUGUGUGUGAGGACUGUCACAGACAAGGGCCGGGUCCGUAGUCGUGUUCACGAGGAAUUUAUCAUCAGGACCCGGCUAUCAGAGAAUAGGGAGGUUUGCGUGUCUCGAAGGUAUGGCGACUUUAAAACGCUUGCAGAUGAGCUGCGCAAAUUUCAUCCUGAAGAGAUUGUACCUUCCCCGCCAGUCAAAGAUCGCACAAUUGUCAAUAUUCCCCGCUCGACAUCUCCUCCAGAUGUCUCCAUCGUGUCACGGGUGCAACGUUCCACCUUCUCCGAUAACGGUGCCACGUUCUCAGACGACGGUUCAUCUGAGUCGCUCCCACAAUCUCCAUCCUCGCAGCAGUUUGGGAAUUCGAAACCUCCGCCGCAGCUCUCCCGAGAAAAGAACAGGCUGACCCUCAGAGCUUACCUGCACUCACUCAUGAGUAAUGGGGUAAUAGGGAGCUCUCCCGUGCUCAAAUCUUUCUUACUCAGCGGACCUACUAGUCUGAGUCCUGAAGAGGUAGAGGAUUCUCGGAGAAGAGAAGACGCAGACAGAAUUCGUGAAAACGGGAGAAAACGGUUUGCGCACGAAAUUGCUGGGCGCGUUGAUGGUUUACGAGAUGCAGUGAAGAGCGUCAAGGGGGAUAUUAUGGGGAAAGAUGGUCUUAGUCAUAUUUUCGCCAUAAUCAAGGUGACUCCCGAUAUAAACCAAUUACCUCCUAAUUACCGGGCUGUGACGGAAUGGGGAAGAAUAACGCUAGCCUCGACGAUUUUCCAAAUGUUUGUGGCAUCCGAUACUGCAUCGGAAACAUUCGCAAGCAUGAAGCGUUUACACGGACUAAUGCCUUACUUUUUGCUAAGGACAGCACUCAAGAUAAGCAGUCCAGUUGCCAUGAUACGCAGUGUGGUGGACAUCUUUCUAGCGACUCCCUUCGGUGGAAGAAGUCUCCUUCAACGAAUGUUCUCUGGCUCCCUCACGGAAGAGGUUAGAAUCAUUGAAGAAGAUAUCGAAGCUGUAAAAGCCAAAGUUGAUGACUCUGUCAUGUGUGAGAAGCUCCGCCUAUUUGUCAACGCCCCGCGCGAGAUCCAGGACACGUAUCGAGCGGAUGCAGUGCAGGGGAAAAUUCCUCUACUUGCGGUUGUUCUGCGCUCUGGGGAAGAACCCAGGUUGGAUCGUGACCAAUUACGCCGAGUGCACCGGGCGCAUCUUGCACAUGCGACGUAUCUGAGGGAGCGGGAAAAUCUUGUAGACUCAGAUGAUGACGAUGGGCCGCGCGACGAGGAGGCAUGGCUUUUUGAAGAUCUGAAGGUGCUCGUGCAGCUUUACUCCCGAUUGAGAGAUCGGGAACAGUUAAUUGCACUGAUAUUCGAGGGUGUUACUGCCGAGUUACUCAAGGAGAUCAUCUCCAUUUUCUAUGCGCCAUUAGCCCAGGUAUACAAGGCUGCCAAUAUUGGAAAUUCUGUAUCAGAUCUGCAGAAUUUCAUCACCGAUUUAAUUAAGGUCGUCGAGGCUACAGAAGAAAUGACUGAAGAAGAUCCUCAGGCUACUGUGCAAACCUUCAUUGAUCUCGUGGGUCGGCACGAACAAGCAUUUUACUCUUUCGUGCACAAGGUACAUGCAAACGGGAAGGGUUUGUUUGAAAGCUUGAUGCGGUGGGUUGAGCUAUUCCUUACUGUCGUCCGGGAAGGUCUAGGAUCACCGGUGUCACUUGAAUUUCUACUGCCACACGGCGGGCGAGAGCGCACGAACAUGAUGGACGAGAUAGAUGAGGUCGCUCGGUACCAUUACAAGCUGAAGAUCGCGCAUGAGGAAAAAUUGCGCAGGCGAUUCACGCGGGCUCAAGGACAUGAUGAUGCAGACGCCGAAGACGAAGCUACGCAGGCUCUGGUGCAUGGCGUGGUAGGGGAAAUUAAUUUCGGGGAACUGGUGCAAAGUGAUGCUCUCGAUCUUGCCGCGGAGGAAACAGAUGACGAAAGCGAUGAGUAUUCGAGUGAGUACGAAACGGACAGUUCGGGGAGCUACGAAGACGCCGAGAGCGAGGAGAGCGAGGAGGAAGGGCCAACUCCAACGCGGUCCCGAGUUCAGACAGCUAGGCCAUCUCCGCAUAUAUCGCCCCUGCCAAACCCGUUGACGCCUCCACCUAUACAACAACCUCCCCCUUCUGUCCGCCAGCGAUCUAUCUCAUUACGGAGCACGAAAUCUGCCCAUUUCUCUCAUCGGUCGAACUGGAAAGAUGCCCCUCCGGUCCCACCAUUACCGCCAUCACUUCAUCGUGCGGACAAGCCGUUACCCCCACCUCCCCCCGCUCUAACUGCACGUUCCGCGGAAAACCUUCGGUGCGCACCAGAUCACAAACCGCACAAACCGAAGGGAUCCACGAACACGCUCAAGCCUCCUGAUCUUAUUUACAUCCCGCGGCUGUUGCCAUUAUUUGCUGAAGUGAUGCGACCAAACCUACGUAGAAAUGAUACAUGAUAACGUCGGAUUUGGGAAAGCUGUUGUAUUUAUAAAUCAUAGGGAUUCUACGUAGAUCGAUGUUCUACUGAGAGUUCUGCCGGUAAACGCUGUAGUGGAAUAAAUGACUCGUUCCAGGAU